ACAGCGUCUGGUACUGUAGAGUGAGGAAUGGUCUGCUUAGCAUUUCCUUUCGAUAUCUUACACGACAUUGUUGCAUUGAAUUCACGCUAGAUUCUUAUUCUUCCCGUUCAAGCAGCUGACGGUUGCUUACUGAUGCCUACACUCUUCCGUGAGAAGUCUCGAUAUUAUAUUUAUUAGCUGUACAGCGAGCUCGUUUUACCUCCUGACGAUUCAGACAUGGCUUCCACCAUCGCUGACCUUCCAGCAGAGCUCAUUGAAGCCGUGCUCAUCGUGUCCGCAGCCUCCGAGAACCCAAAUUCCAUAGCAGCGCUCUCCCAGACCAGCAAGUUCUUCCACGACCUAAUCUACCGCUGCCCAGACCAGCAUCUCUGGCGCGAGAUCUUUCUUACUACCUUUGAUGAUCCUAGACCAGCUCUGAACCAUCUGAGUACCAUAUCAGGUGGCCACCCCAGCCGGGAGUUCGACUGGACGCAAGAAUACAUUGACCGUAUUAGCGCAGCUAGGUGUAUCAGACGUCCGGCCCAAUUGACAGCCCCAGUAUGUUCACAGCCGGAGGCCCUCGGCAUCCCAGCGUCAUUAUCCGUCCUGAAGGCGUUACUCUCAGUCAUCACCACUUCCAUGCCCUUCCCAUCCUCCCCGCCCAUAUCUCUCACCAUCCUAACCGAGUUUCCCGAGUCUAAUUCCCCUUACGCACCUAUGUUCAACUCUCCCCCGUUCCCACCCCUGCUCCUCCUGCUUACAGCUGACUACACUGGCAUGCUCAAGAGUGUCAAUGUGACGUGGCUUCAAGAGUUAUUAGAAAUCGGGUUCCCCCCUGAGCUCACACGCACGCUACUAGCAAAGCUGUCCUUUGAUGUCCAAGGUCAUGCACCGCACCACCCUGUUCUAACUCCCGCAUCGCACUGGGACGGAUCAGAACUCGGCCAGCUAUUCCACAAACUCAUCUGCUGUACCGGAUUUAUACCCAUUUCCGCACCAGCCCCCGAGCUCGCAGACCCAUCCACUCCCAACUCUCCAGGACCAGCAGAUAUACCCGUUCCUGGAGCCUGGCCAGUUGCAUCUGCGUCUGACGAGGACGAGGAUCUACCUCCCCUGCCCAUUACACGCCCACGACCCAUGUUAUACACCGCUGUAGAGCAGUCCGCUGAUGCUCGCACCCUCGCACGUAGGCGGGUCUACGAUAUGCGCUACAUCGGACCCGCACGCAUGUGGGGUCCCUACCAGCACGUGCAGCGCGACCCUAAUAGCUCCCCCGAGUCAAACCAACCUGAAAGCCCGGACGAUGACGAAGAUGAAACCAAUGAAGACGACGAAGAUAUAGAUGAAGAUGACUUGGGGUUGUUAAACUUGGGACUGAUGAACGGGAACCGUGUCCCUGAUCUGAGCCCGCCAAUCCAGCCGUACGAGCUCGUACCGGACUAUGUGUGGCUCGCGUCCGCGCGUAUCGUCGUGGAGGCGAAUCUGAGGGAUGUAUUUAGGCUGUCGCCCGACCCAACUGCAUUCUCGACAGGCGAUAUCUUACCAUAUAUGCGCAAGAUGCAUACGAUGUGCAUAGGUGGGUCGCCUGGGUAUUGGGAAGCGUGGGCAAAUCGACCUGAGAAGGGGGAGGGAUCCGAGAAGAGUGGGAAGAGCAAGCAGGGUGAAGUUGAGGGAUGGGAUUGGGCGGGUAUCAGUGGUACCUGGAAACGGUGUGUUUGCUGGCUUGAUUACCGAGAACUCCUGGUACACAACCUCGCACCCGAAAGGUUCCUCGAAGACGGCAUGCAGGAAGCUUGCCGAAUCAUACCCCUCGCCAUUCGCAUAACUGGCUACUCCGAAUCUCCCAUCCCACCAGGCAGCACCACCCGCCCCCUUCCAACCAUCCACGUCGAGGGUGAAUCCAUAGGGUCUGACCGCAGUUUAAACGACUUGCGCAAAAUCAAAGGUACGGUGAGCGUAAUUGGCAAUGGGGCUAUCCGAUGGCAGAUGGUAUCCUUUGCACCGGGGUCAAAUGAGCCUGAGUGGUCAUCGGAGGCGGUUCAGAUUGGCGGGUCGGGUGCGGCGGUUGGGUUCUUGGGGAUGUGGACGGGGGCGCUGCAUGAGAGGCCGGACCCGCUUGGUCCGUUUUGGGCUUGGAAGGUCGCGUGAACUGGACUUGCGGUAUGCGAGUCUGUGAGUUUGGUUAUGAUGGAUGUCUGGGUAAAUCUGAGGUAAAUGUCUGUUAGUUUGGGGAUGGCUUCCGCCAUUUGGCCUAGGAAGCCUGGUUUACGGGUUGCU